AUUGUCGAGUAAUCGAUUCAGUGUAACCCAUGAUGGGUUGGUUCUCUCCAUCGCACAGUAAUGUCUACUUUUAGAAUUUCGCGCGAAAACAGACGCAAUUUCUUCGCGCCGGUGAAAGUGAGAGAGUUGAUUUUCUAGCGCGCGACGAAUCAGAACCACGCAAACACCAUGGGAAUUCACGGGCUUGCGAAGCUGAUUGCAGACCAUGCUGCCACAGCCAUCAAAGAACAAGAGAUGAAAAGCUUCUUUGGGCGGAAGAUUGCUAUUGAUGCAUCAAUGUGCAUGUACCAGUUUCUCAUCGCGGUCAGACAAGACGGUAAUGUGUUGCAGAACGAUGAUGGGGAAACCACAAGCCAUCUCAUGGGCAUGUUCUAUCGGACCAUCCGCAUGCUGGAGAAUGGAAUUAAACCUGUCUAUGUGUUUGAUGGCAAACCCCCACAGCUCAAAUCUGGAGAGCUGGAGAAGAGAGGAGAGAGGAGGGCAGAGGCUGAGAAACAACUAGCCCAGGCCCAGGAAGCAGGUGAGCAGGAGAAUAUUGACAAGUUCAGCAAGCGUCUUGUGAAGGUCACAAAACAUCACAACGAAGAAUGCAAGAAGCUGCUCACCCUAAUGGGAGUGCCUUAUGUUGAUGCUCCCUGUGAGGCAGAGGCCAGCUGUGCUGCCCUGGUGAAGGCAGGAAAGGUGUUCGCCACGGCAACAGAGGAUAUGGACGGAUUGACGUUUGGUACCAACGUCCUGCUGAGACAUCUCACAGCCAGCGAAGCAAAGAAACUACCCAUUCAAGAAUAUCAUUUCAGUCGCAUUCUGCAGGAGACUGGGCUUACACAUCAGCAGUUCAUAGAUUUGUGUAUCUUACUGGGCUGUGACUACUGUGGGACCAUCAAGGGGAUUGGACCCAAGAGGGCUUUUGACCUCAUCAAGCAGCACGGCUGUAUUGAGGAGAUCCUGGAGAACAUUGACCUGAAGAAAUACCCACCACCCGAAGAUUGGUUGUACAAGGAGGCCCGCGGGCUCUUCCUGGAACCAGAGGUGGUGGACUGUUCCACCGUGGAUCUCAAGUGGAAUGAGCCAGACGAGGAUGGACUUAUCAAGUUCAUGUGUGAUGAGAAACAGUUCAGUGAGGAUCGCAUGCGCAACGGCUGCAAGAAGAUCCUGAAGAGUCGCCAGGGGAGCACCCAGGGACGGCUGGACACCUUCUUCACCGUGACGGGCUCGCUGUCCUCAAAGCGCAAGGAGCCACAGCUGAAGGGUUCAGCCAAGAAGAAACAGAAGACGGGCGCGACGCCUGGCAAGUUUAAAAAGGGCAAAUGAGCGCGUAAAACAGAGCAGAAGUGUGUGAAUAAUGGAGUCCAUGGAGAAGGUGCUUAAUGUGCAGUGACACACUGCGCUUUAUUUCAUUCCAUUUUUCUUUCUGAUGCAAAUAUAAUCAGCUGCAAUAUCCUUUUUAUGAAAUUGGUGUAGAUAAAUGUUUUAAUAAAUCAUUCUGUGUGUACCUUGAAUAAAGUUUGAGAGCAUA